AUGGAUAAGGAGAUUGUGUCCAACUUUAACCUCUACAGAUACCACAUUCUCAAAAAGAAUUACGUGUUUGUUUGCUGCCCGACCUUCUUAUCCGAGUCCAUAGCCGCAGCCUACCGCGCCGUCGCCCUCCAUUGCGUCAUCGACGCCCUCUCGGUCUCCGAGGACAACGGCUCCUUCAGGGCCUUCGUCGAUGGCUUGUGCUCCAGGGUGGCCUACCUCGAGCGGUUGGGGUCAGCCAUCUUGGCGGCCCAGCCGCUGAGGGAGUUGAGGAUGGAGAUUGAGCCCGCAGCGGGGAGGGGCCUCGUUAGGGCUUCGUUGUUGAAGAGGGAGAGGGACACGAUUAGGGUUUAUUUGAAGUCCGCCACGGAGAAGUUAGGGCCACCAUUUCUCGAGUUCACCGCAGAUAUUGUUGUUAGGAACGGGAUUGAGUUGGGAGGGCCCUCUGGCGAAGCUUUUACCGAAAUGGGUGAGAAGGAUGAGGAUUCAGGAAUCAAAAGUGGAGUCGGAGAGAGCACUUUUGGUUUGUCUGAUGCCGUCCUUGACCAUGGCGUCAAGGAAGAGGUGAUUCUCUUGGAGACGGAUAGAGAAAUAUCAUCCACCGCUGUUGAUCAUGGCGUCAAUUUAGAGGUGGUUUUCUUUGAAACAAAUCAACAAAUAUCAUCUUUAUCACGUGAUACCUUGGACAAGGAUAUGGAGGAUGACAUAGAUAGAGAACAAGAUGCAGCUGAUACCCUUAAAUCAAGUUGAACGGAUCUUCACCAGGUGGUGGUUGACCCUCUUCAGGAUGCAAUAAUGGAAGCAGAUGAGAUUUUAAAAAGUAGAUUGGUCGAGAUGACAAAUGGUAUGGAACAACAAGAGGUUCAACAUCAGGUUGGUGUGAGAAGACUUGUUUCUGCUGUUGAAAAGGGUGCCAAGGAAAAUAGUGCAGAUGAAACUACGGAACAAAGCAGGAAAAAUGAUUCUCCUGAUGUGGAUGGCACCACAGAGCAAAGUAGAAAAAAUGCUCUUCAUUUGAAUAGAGAGUCAUCUGUUGAGAAGCAAUUGGAUGAAAUUACAAACAGAGUACAAACAGAUACAGAAGUACAUGCAGGGAUCAAUACGACUGGAAUUUAUAGUACUCAUUGGGUGCCAAAAUGGAGUUUGACGGACUGGAAUCCGACUGCUCAUACUUAUGAGGUAAUUUAAUUUUUUAUUUUCAAUACAAUCCAUGUUGAUCUUUCUCCUGAGAUAUGAUGACAUAGGUAACUUAGUUUGAUCAAAGAAGUUUGCUAUUUAUUUCAUCAUCAAUAAUCCUUCAAUUCUUUUUCUUCCUUCAGCUUACUUGUGUUCAAUAGUUAUUUUUUCCUUUCUCUUCGUUUUCAAUUUAAUUUGAGAUUGAAAAUCAUUCUUUGUUUCAAAAUGACUGAAAAUAAUUGUUAGUGCAACAUGCAAUUAGACUAUUAGAGUUAGGUUAAGUCCAUUUAUAGUUAAUUGUUGACAGUUUGUUUGCUGCUUUAGAUUGUUUAAAUGAUACAGAUUCAAGAUUAUUUUGUGCUUGUUUCAGUCUUUCAUGUUUCUUAAAACAAGUAACAAAAUAUUAAUUUUUGGUUUUGGUUUUGUUUUUGAGGGGGGGUAGACAGAGUUGCAUGAAUCAAAACCCUCUUCGUGAGUUCUUUCCUCUCUUGUUUUUUCUUUCUGAAAUUUUUGGAACCAGAACUUCUUUCUUGCAAUUCCUUCUAUGAACAUGCAAAAAGAAAUCAGAUACAAUGAAUAUUUUAGACGUUAUGAGCAGGUUCUCAAAAGCUUCAGUGAAAAGGCAGUAUCAUAUUAAGCUCCAUUUCUGGAUUUGUUUUCUGAGACAUGAACAGAACAAUAUUGACAUUAAGGAGCUGUUAUUCUUGAUUGCUUUUAGCUGUGCUAGAUUUGUCAACUUUAUUUGAAAAAGAAACUUAUUUGGUCUAAA